GGUGCGAGGCUAAAGCGGCAGCACCGGAGAAAAGGAACAUAAAGAGAGACCAGUCAGGGUUCAGAUGAAUCGGAUUCCUUUAAACAAACCAAAAACGAGAAGCUACAAAUUGGGCCUGAGCAUGCUGCAAGUGAUCACUCCCAUCAGCUGGAGACUGGCAGUGAUCGAGCAUUUGAUCAAUGGUGAACCGCGCGCACUUCGUCAUCCUCGUCCUCGCCUAUCGCCUCCUGGUAUCCCUCUCAGCUGAAGCACAGCACGCCAAAGAGUCGUAUGUCGUCUACCUGGGGAGCUCUUCCGGCGGCGACGCGGAGGCGGUGCGGGCCUCCCAUCUGCAGAUGCUGUCGUCCAUCGUCGUCCAGAGCGACGAGCAGGAGCGGCCGUCGACGCUGACGCAGAGCUACCACCACGCGUUCGAGGGCUUCGCCGCCGAGCUCACCGAGGAGGAGGCCGCCGCGCUGUCCGGGCAUGAGAGGGUGGUGUCGGUGUUCCGGGACCGCGCGCUGCAGCUGCACACGACGCGCUCGUGGGACUUCCUCGACGCCCAGUCCGGCCUCCACGCCGAACGCCUCGGCCGCCGGGCCUCCGGCGAUGUCAUCAUCGGCGUCAUCGAUACCGGUGUCUGGCCGGAGGCGCCGAGCUUCAACGACGAUGGGAUGCGGGGCGUGCCGGCGAGGUGGCGAGGCGUGUGCAUGGAAGGCCCGGACUUCAAGAAGAGCGACUGCAACAAGAAGCUCAUCGGCGCACGGUACUACGGCAGCCAGCCCGAAUCGGCGGCGUCGGCUUCGCCAAACGCGUCCCUCUCCGGUGCGGCACCGUUGCCGGCAGACACGGCAGGCUCGCCGCGGGACACCGUCGGGCACGGCACGCACUGCGCGUCGACGGCGGCAGGCGCGGCCGUGGCGGACGCGGACUACUAUGGCAUCGCGCGGGGCAUGGCCAAGGGCGGCGCGCCGGCGAGCCGUGUGGCCACGUACAAGGUGUGCACCCUGGGCGGGUGCUCGAGCUCGGCGCUGCUCAAGGCUGUUGACGACGCGGUGAGCGACGGUGUGGACGUGAUCUCCAUCUCCAUCGGCAUGAGCUCCGCCUUGGCGUCCGACUUCCUCUCCGACCCCAUCGCGCUCGGUGCGUUCCACGCGAACCAGAGGGGCGUCCUGGUGGUAUGCUCCGGCGGCAACGACGGGCCUACCCCCUACACCGUCGUCAACUCCGCGCCGUGGAUCCUCACCGUCGCCGCCUCCACCAUCGACCGCACCUUCCAGUCCAGCGUCGUCCUCGGCAACGGGAACGUCAUCAAGGGAGUCGCCAUAAACUUCUGCAACCAAAGCCUCAGUGGAGAGCAUUACCCUCUGGUGACGGGGGCCGAAGCGGCAGGUCGGUACACGCCGGUGUCGGAGGCAAGCAACUGCUAUCCUGGAUCGCUGGACGCGCAGAAGGUGGCCGGGAAGAUCGUGGUGUGCGUGGGCACGAACUCGAUGGUGGCGAGGCGGGUGAAGAAGCUGGUCGCGGAGGGGUCCGGGGCGAGCGGGCUGGUGCUGAUCGACGACGAGCAGAAGGACGUGCCGUUCGACGCCGGCAGCUUCGCCUUCUCCCAGGUGGGCAACGACGUCGGCGCCCAGAUCCUCGGCUACAUGAUCUCCACCAAGAAUCCGACGGCCGUGAUCCUCCCGACCGAGGAUGUCAAGGAGUUCAAGCCUGCGCCCACGGUGGCGUCCUUCUCGGCGCGCGGCCCUGGUGGCCUCACCGAAUCCGUGCUCAAGCCUGAUCUGAUGGCGCCAGGGGUGAGCAUCCUCGCCGCAGCGAUGCCGUCCACGGACAAGGCGGAAGUCCCCGCCGGAAAGAAGCCCUCGGCCUUCGCCAUCAAAUCCGGCACCUCCAUGGCCUGCCCGCACGUCGCCGGCGCCGGAGCCUUCGUCAAGUCGGCUCACCCGGGCUGGUCCCCGUCCAUGAUCAGAUCAGCUCUCAUGACCACAGCGACCACGACAAACAACCUCGGUAAGCCGGUGGCGAGCAGCACGGGCGCGGCGGCGACCGGCCACGACAUGGGCGCCGGGGAGAUCAGCCCGCUGAGGGCGCUCAGCCCGGGCCUGGUGUUCGACACAACCACCAAGGACUACCUCAACUUCCUCUGCUACUACGGCUACAAGGACAAGCUCGUCCGCAAGGUCUCCGGCGACGCCGGGUUCGCCUGCCCACCCGGCGGGACAUCGCCGGACCUUAUCGCGACAGACCUCAACUACCCGUCCAUCUCCGUGCCCAGGCUCGUCUCCGGGAAGCCGGUCGCCGUGUCACGAACCGCCAUGAAUGUUGGGCCGUCGAACGCGACGUACGAGCUGGUCGUCGAGGCACCGCCGGGCCUGUCGGUGAAGGUGUUGCCCGAGCGGCUGGUGUUCUCGAGGCGGUGGACAACGGCGGCGUACAAGGUGACAUUCGCUACCGCCGCCGGGGUCAGCAAGGGGUACGCGUACGGCGCCGUCACCUGGUCGGAUGGCGCGCACUCGGUCCGGACGCCGUUCGCGGUUAAUGUUGUGUGAUUGUGGUCGCCUCUUCAGUCUUUUUUGCUUUUCGUGGAAAAGAAUUCCUUGAUAAUUUUGUGGAUCUUUUUCUUGCUAUUUCUGCAUGCGUGUGUUCUGUAACUAAAUUUGACAUAAACAUUCUCUCUGGAGAAUAGCGGGAUUUUGUUGCCCAUACUUUGACUUAUGGCGGCGGUUUGCCUCUUUA